UUCCAGCUUCGUACUGAGCAUCAUCUUGUGGAAGGACCAGAACGGGCUGCUUGGCUAUGACUGUCAUAUCCGAACUGGACAGGAUGAUGAUCUUCACCCUGGAGUGACCAGACAAAACGAUUGGACAGAAAUUAUCUGCAUUACUGGUUUGGACCAACAUCUUCGCGAUGGUCCUGUUCCUGGUGGCCGCACAUUCUGUCUCCAACAGCAGCGCACACGCCAACUGGACCGUAGGGCCUCCUGCUCCUCAGGGUCCGCACGUUCUGCCCUCUGCCCUCGUUAUCUUGCUUCUCCUGCUCAUCCUCGUCCUGCUCACAGCUUACCUGCUCAGGUUCAGACACCAGAGGAAGGAUCUCGUCACUUCGGUCGACAAAAAGCUACCUAAUGGAUUUCUGGAGGAUCAAGACCAGACCGUGGUGCUCCUGCCCAGAUCUCCAUCUCCGUCCAAGCAUUACUUCCCCAUCCCGCUGGACUCCCUGGAGGAGGAGUACCGCCUGCGCAUGGCGGACGAUGGCAAGCUGUUCAGAGAGGAGUUUAACUCUCUGCCGUGCGGGUUCGGUCGCGGGACGUUCGAGGAGGCGAGCCGAGAGGAGAACAGGGACAAGAACAGAUAUCCCAACAUACUGCCCUACGAUCAUUCCAGAGUGUUGCUUUCACACACAGAUGAGCGUACAUACUCGGACUACAUUAACGCCUCAUUCAUAGAUGGUUACAGGGAAAAGAACAAAUUCAUCGCCACUCAAGGGCCGAAACCGGAGACGGUGGCCGAUUUCUGGAGGAUGGUUUGGGAGCAGAAAUCCGCCACCAUAGUCAUGCUGACCAACACGCGAGAGCGAAAAGAGGAGAAGUGCUGCCAGUACUGGCCUGACCAGGGUUGCUGGAGGUACGGGUGUGUCAGGGUGGCCGUGGAGGACGUCACGGUGCUGGUGGACUACACCGUUAGAAAGUUCUGUGUGCAAAACCACGCUGCGGACGGCUGCAGAUCCCAGAGGUCGAUUACCCAGCUCCACUUCACCAGCUGGCCCGAUUUCGGGGUCCCGCUCUCCCCUAUCGGCAUGCUCAAGUUCCUCAAGAAGGUCAAGACUGUUAACCCAGCGCACGCCGGACCCAUAAUAGUCCACUGCAGCGCCGGGGUCGGUAGAACCGGGACGUUCAUCGUGAUCGACGCCAUGAUGAACAUGAUGCACGCGGAGGGCAGGGUGGACGUCUUCGCGUCCGUGUCCCGGAUACGAAAUCAGCGGUGCCAGCUCGUCCAGACAGACAUGCAGUACUCGUUCAUAUAUCAGGCGCUGCUGGAGCAUUACCUGUACGGGGACACCGAGCUGGACGUGUCCUCGCUGGAGGGUCACCUGCACAGACUUCACAGCACGCAUAUAUACAUGGACCGUGUGGGACUGGAGGAGGAAUUCAGAAAGCUGACCAACGUCCGGAUCAUGAAGGAGAACAUGAGAACCGGGAAUCUGGCGGCCAACAUGAGGAAAAACAGAGUACUGCAGAUUAUUCCAUAUGAUUUUAACAGGGUAAUAUUAUCUGUGAAGAGAGGCCAAGAAUUUACAGAUUACAUAAACGCAUCUUUUAUAGAUGGUUACAGGCAGAAGGAUUACUUCAUCGCCACUCAGGGUCCGUUAUCCCACACCGUCCAGGACUUUUGGCAAAUGGUGUGGGAGUGGAAGUGUCACUCCGUGGUCAUGCUGACCGAGCUGAAGGAACGAGAACAGGAAAAAUGCGCCCGGUACUGGCCGGCGGACGGAAGCCUGUCCUUCGGGGAAUACGCCGUGGAGCUGAAGAGAGACGUGCAGUACGAGGCGUUCAGUCUCCGGGAUCUCCUGCUCACGUACGCGCCGGAGAAGCAAAGUCGCCUGGUCAGGCAUUUCCACUUCCACGGCUGGCCUGAGGUCGGGAUCCCGUCGGACGGAAAAGGAAUGAUCGAUCUGAUCUCCGCGGUGCAGAGACAGCAGCAGCAAUCUGGCAACCACCCCAUCGUGGUGCACUGCAGUGCCGGGGCGGGCCGGACCGGGACCUUCAUCGCCCUCAGUAACAUUCUGGAGCGGGUUAAAGCUGAGGGCUUGCUGGACGUGUUCCAGACGGUCAAGAGUUCACGCACCCAGAGGCCGCACAUGGUCCAGACUGUGGAACAGUACGACUUCUGCUACAGAGUGGUUCAGGACUUCGUGGAUAUUUUCUCAGACUACGCCAAUUUUAAAUAACCAAUCUGAUGUAAAUACGUGCUAUGACUUGAUUACACUAUGCACUUGACAUUACUUUAGGCUUCCAUGUCUGUUUGUGUUUUCCCCCCAAUUUGGAUAUACUCGAUUCCCCUUUUACUGGGCCUCACGGUGCAUCUUUACACCAGCCGGCGGCGGAUAUCGGCAAAGCGCUUGGACGAGCACGGAGGACCACACUACGCUACACGCUACUCCCGCCGUGUUUUUGCCUGACCAGACAGCAGGAGUCGCCUCUGCCACAGCCAGGAGACGAUUCGCCAUCCAGAGUUCCUAUAUUUUGGUCUAAUUCUGACCUGAAAGUGUGUAUUUCACUCCCUCACAUUCCACUUCAACUCAAAACACAUAAAUUCUACGAACAAAAAAAAAUCCACAGUAUAAUAACAUUCAUUUUGAUUAAACUUUUUGUUGCUAAAUAAACAAAAUGUG